UGACUUCUGUUAGAGAAUGUCAGGAACUGUAAUAUUGACUAUUGGUCGAGCUUGAAGCGAAUGCGAACGUUAGAACAGGCCCAGGCGACGGAUACGCUCCAUAAACGUAACAAAGUAGAGCUUGUCAGAUGUUGGUUCACAGAACACAAAUACAUCCGCUGCCUGGUUAGAUGCUGGGUUGUAAAGUAUAAAUGUUAUUGACUUUUUUUCCUGAAUAUGUCUUCUUGUUCUAUUCCAUACCAGAGCCAGCGUUUGGGGAGGUAAACCAGUUGGGAGGUGUAUUUGUCAAUGGCAGACCACUGCCUAAUGCCAUUAGACUGCGGAUAGUUGAACUGGCCCAGCUGGGAAUUCGACCUUGUGAUAUCAGUAGACAGUUAAGAGUUUCACAUGGCUGUGUCAGUAAAAUCCUGGCUCGGUACAACGAGACCGGUUCUAUAUUGCCCGGUGCGAUCGGUGGGAGCAAGCCCAGAGUGACAACCCCCACGGUGGUCAAACACAUUCGAGCAUACAAGCAGAGAGACCCGGGGAUUUUUGCGUGGGAGAUCCGUGACAGACUCUUGGCCGAUGGAGUCUGCGACAAGUACAACGUUCCUUCCGUCAGCUCCAUCAGCAGAAUCCUCCGGAACAAGAUCGGGAACUUGUCCCAGCAGAAUCAGUACGAGUCGAGUAAGACUCCGGCGCAUCCGCCUCCACAGUCGGCUCUCCAAUAUAAUGCAAUUUAUUCCUACUCCAGUCCCAUCACAACGGCCGGAGCUAAAAUGCCAUCGUCGCCCGGUGUGCCCGCCAUCCCAGCACACAUGGGAAUUCACAGGACCUGGCCUUCGUCGCACUCCGUCUCCGAUAUUCUGGGCAUCAGAACAUUAAUUGAGCAGCAAGGUGCUAUUCCCAUUAGUGACAGUUCUUCUUAUCCUACUAAAGUGGAAGAAUGGAACAGUAUAAACAGGAGUCACUUCCACUCCUCAAACCAGUCUGCAGUGAAUGGACUGGACAAGUCCCCACUGGAGCAGGAAGUCAAAUAUACUCAGGGUCCCAAUGGUCUGCCUGCAGUUAGCAGCUUUGUCUCUGCCUCAAGUAUGGCUCCUUAUCCUCCUCCUACACAAGUAUCUCCCUACAUGACAUACAGUGCAGCUGCUUCCAGCUACAUGGCAACCCACGGCUGGCAGCAUGCGGCUGGCAGCACACUGUCAACUCACAGUUGUGACCUUCCCACACCACUGCCAUUCAAAAGCAUUCAAGCAGCUAGAGAAGGUAGCCAUUCGAUUGCAGCCUCUGCAUUGUAGUACAUUUAAUUACAAUUCAG